AUGCGAUAUCAAACUGUGUGUCAAAAUUGUAGCCUCGUGUACCAGACUUGCGCCUGUGCAUCCGGGCCUUCACGUUUGUGGUUUGAUUAUCCGGGCAGCGUUCUCGACUGCCAUAGAGGGAUGGCUGGUCUCAUCAAGAAAAAGUUAUUGAAGGAGCUAGCAAAAUUCACGAAGAGUUUGAAACCAGAGCAAAUUGAACUUCACACGUUGAGAGGUGAAGGCGAACUGCGCGACUUGAAGUUGGACGAGCGCUUUCUGACUUCCUUGCUUGAGUUGCCAUUAUGGCUCCGUCUGACGGAAUGUACGUGUAACAGAGUGAAGUUGAAGGUUCAUUGGGCACAUCUUGGGAGCAAGCCAAUUCACGUGCAUAUCGACAAACUUGUCGUACAAAUGGAAACUUGUGAAGGUGAAGACGAACGAAUAAAAGCCGAUCUGGGAAAACGGAGCUCUGGCAAAUAUGGAUUCACUGCCAAAGUUAUUGAUGGAAUGCAAGUUACUAUUAAUUCAAUAGCAAUUAGUUUCCUGUCUCCUGGCUUUAUUGCCAAUGUGGAAGUGUCUCAGUUGGAUGUUCACAGCACAAAUCCUAAUUGGGUGGCUGAUCAACUGAGCAAGACAAGGAUUGCUCAGGAGAAUAUCAACAUGAUAACUACAUUCAAACAAGUAGUGUGGCAGAAUCUGAAAGUUGAGUUCUUGUCAACAAGAGCAGCUCAUAUGGAUUCUAAAGUUAGUCCUUUAAGGCUUAUUACAAGUCAGGGUAAGCUGCAGAUUACAGUGAGGAAGAGACUGUCUGACUGUGGAGUCGAAUGUGGUCGACUCAGUGUUGUCUUGGAUGAAUACUUGCUGUGGGUAUUGACAUUGUCUCAACUGAAUGAGGCUGUGCUCUUUGCCCAAAAGCUGUUGGACAUCAGUCAGUGUGCCACAGAACAUGCCAAGAGAAACCACUCGUUUUAUUCCGGAGCUGUUUCUUCAAAGGAUGAUUCACCUGUUCCUGUAAACAAAGAAGAGCCUUCGGCGUAUCAGAAAUUUCAGCAUGUAGAUUCAUCAGUUCAGUAUUCAUGGUAUAUUAGAGAGACAUCCCAUCAUCUUCGCCUUGGUUGUUUGCAUGUACAGCUAUAUGAUGACUCCAAGGCAAAUCGUGCUUCAGAGGAUGCAUGCGGCUCUAUGCAGUUAUUAUGCAAUGGAUUAUUUGUUGACUUUCAUCCAAACCAUCCGACUGUGUUACCUCGUUUACAUUGGCCAACCAACAACAGACACACCGAGGAGAGGGCAGCGUGGGUUUUUUCACUUUUGAAGAAGCAAGCGGAAAAGAUCAAUGCUACUUAUAAGAAGCGUGUUAAUUGGAAGCACUUGUUAGAAUCAUCAUUUAUACUCGGGUGUGGUGACUUUAACGUGCAAUAUUUUGCUACGGCUGAAGGUCAACGAACCCAGUCACCAUUUCUUUCUUCUGAGAAUGUUAUCCAGCAGUUGCCAAAUAAUGGAAGCUCAUUUCAAGUUGACUAUACAAAAUACUUUUAUGAAGCAAAGUGUUCACCUGAUGUGCCUCGUCCUAACUGCUUUCUCAGUGCCAAUCCUGUUCAGUUGAGAAUCGAUUCUGAAGUUUGUUUGUGGCUUGUGUCAUUUUUCAAAUCAAUUUAUGACACAUUUUUAGAGAAAACUGACUUGAAUGCUCAGCUCAGUGCUAGAGCGAGGAAGCGAAAAAACGAGGGAAAAGAUGUUGCAGUUGAUGUUCGGUGUGAUUUCCUCCUUCCUACAAUCAGCAUUCCCUCAACAUCAAGUGCAGUUUCAGGGUGCAAGUUGCCAGCUGCUGUACAGAUACAAGGAGCAAAGAUUACUGCAACUAACUGUUGUCAAAAUGGCAACAGCGACACUGCUGUUGAAGAUUUGAUUACUACGUUAAAAGACUUUCGGGGAAAUCUGUUUUGCGGUGACACAUCUUCUGAAUUUCCAAGCCACAAAGAUGAUUUAACACCUCUUCCAGAAAUUGCUAGUAGAGAGAUUGCCAGGAGUACAAUAGUUUGGUCAUUUACUGUUGAUCAGUGUUGGGCUCAGUUUCUGCCUGUAUCUAAAGAGGAUGGUGAACAAGUCAGACCAGAAUUGUUUCUUGGCUCUGUUCCUGUCAGUGCAUGGCUUGCUAUUCCAUUUUCAAAUGAAGGCAAAGAUAGAAAGAUGGAAUUUGAGGCUAACAUUUAUGUCAUUAUCAAGAUCACAGACCUUGUUCUGGCUCGAUUAAAUCAUAGUGAGUAUUUGUUUUUAUAUUCACUGCAGGAGUUGCUACAGAAGCUUUUGGUCGAUGCUUCGGAGCUGCUUGUCAAAGAAGAUGGUGAAAACAAGGAACAGAAUGUGCUAAUUGACACGAAGGUAUCCAUAGUUGCAUCUCUUCGUGAUAUCCACGUCUCCAUUGUUCCACCACAGGAACAACUUCAGCGUGACUCACAGUCACAAUGUUUGUAUGGUGUUGAUAGUCGACAGUCACCUGCAGUGGAAGAGUCAACAAACAAUGUAGAGAAGAACAACAACAUGAAACAAGGACGUAUGUCUUCUCUUGUAAAGGAAGGAAAUAGGAUAGGUGAAGUAGCUCAAGAAUGUGAUGUAGGUCCUUCUCAAGAGUCUAGUGAUUCUGGUAAUCACAGUGUUGCUCACAGUGUGUCUGCAGAGUGUAGUGCUAACAUCUCAAAGGAUGCCUGGACUGUGUCUCAUUCCAGCUCAGAUGUUCGGGUGGAAUCCAAUUUUCAGUCAUCAUCUGAGGUGUCGUCUUCUCUUCCUGUUCUUAGCCAUGGUAUUCAAGAUGCCAUCUGUACACCUGACAAGGUGCCUUCUGUUACAGUAACAAAGCCACAGCUAAGUGAGGAAAAAGAUCUAGUGGCAGAUUAUGAAAUCAUUAAUCCUUUUGAACUUGGAUCAUCUACUUCUCUCUCUAGUCAGGAAUCAGCUAUGAGUAGUGGUUCUGGCUUCUUUAGCGACUUGGGGCAGCUACAGAGCCAUUCGACUACUGAAUUUUCUAAACAAAAGGACUGUCAAAUUGAUUCGUAUUUAGUUUUGCAGCAGCUGCCAUCAUCCAAUUUUUUUGCAUCAGAUGUUCCAUUAUCUGUAUCGCGUACUCACAAAAAUAUUGAUCAGACAGAAGUCUCAGAAGAGUUGAAUGGUGGAAGUUUGCUAUGUAAGAGUAAUGAAGUACCGAACAAUCAUAAGUCGGAACCUGUUGUCUUGCCAACUGAUGCUUCAGAAACAACUUACUACAUAAGUGAUGCUGCAGUACCAUCAAUGGAAGUUUCAAGCAUUUUGUCAACUCAACAUUCUAAUAAUUUGUUAGAUACAGUGACAGUAGUGGAAGUUCGACUGAAAGAGACAGAGAUUCACUGCCAAGUUGACAAACGAGGAACUGUGCUGAAAGUGAAGUCACCAGAUUUUUGGUUGAAAGAAGAUCAACUGAGUGCUCAAUAUCUUAUGGAUCUUGAACACAAACGAAGACGGAGAGCUGUAGAGUUUGCUGUUAGUCCUAGUGAAGAGAAAGCACAGCUAGCUGUGCGCUUUCAUGUACUUACUUGUGGCCAACAAGAAGCUGACUGCCUUGCUUGUGUAAAAGUAAAUGGAAUGAACGGUGAAUUACAGCUUCCUACUGCACUUGCAAUGGUUGAUUUCAUUGAUGAUGAAGUUAUUCCUGUUCCUGCCAUUUUGCCUCUUGAUGUUCAGGUGGAAAACUCUCGAUUUGCUGUUAGAAUUCCAGAGUUUGAUGCCAGCAUGGCUUUGAAGUACUCUUCUCGUAACUUGACCUACUCACCAACUCCACUGGUUUUUCAAGUGGACAGUGUAAAGAUAACACGUGGGACAGAUGGAGCUUUUGUCAUUAACAAUAUUAGUCAUGAACUAACAGACGGAAGUGAAGGAAAACGCAGCUCAAACGUUAGCAACAGAGGUGAUACUCAUGCAACUGGUGAGGAAAAGCAUCAUUGCAAAUUGGUUGAUGUUGAAACAACGACAGAAUUACCAUGUAGUGAUGGUUGUAGUAGUGGUGAGAGGAAAACGCAAGGGGAAGAAAAUAGACGCUCUCUAUUAGAUGUUUCUCAAGGAACCAGCAACAGAGAACACGAAUGGGUUGUGCAGGAGAACGAUGCCUUGAAGCAGUCGUUGAAGCAGCUGUCAGAUGAGGUGGCUGCUCUUAAACAGGUUGCUCAAGCGGCUCAAUUGGGCAAGCAGGCUCUCUUGGAAACAAUUUCAAGUCUGCAGGAACAGUGUAGUGAGGCAGACGAAUACACUAAACAACUGGAGAGUGAAAUUCUAAGUCUAAAGUCUGUUUUGGUGGCUCAAGAGUUAGCUGCUGAAGGUGUGAGUGAGUCUCCACGUUGGCAAAGACGCUCACCAGAUAAGUAAAUGGAGUAGGCAACCUAGAUUGUUGUUGUACAAAGUGCUAUUGUAUUCUAGAUUGUAUUUCUUGAAAUUUAUUGUUUUGUAUGCGUGUGUGAUGAUGUUUGUAUAAUAUUGAGAGGUAAAGUUAGUUCCUUGA